AUGAGAGCAGAAUUGUAUCAAGGAAUUGUGGAUAGUGUCUUUAAUGGAGAAUUAAGAGGGAAUGAAGUUGGCAAAAGAAUUGUUCUACCAGCAACAUUUAUAGGAGGACCAAGAGAUAUGCGUCGUAGAUAUCUUGAUGCAUUGACAUUAGUACAAAGAUUUGGAAAACCAGAUCUAUUCAUUACAAUGACUUGCAAUCCAGAGUGGAAAGAAAUACAGCAAGCAUUAUAUGAUGGUCAAACAGCUCAAGAACGUCCAGACUUAACUACACGAGUAUUUCGAGCAAAACUGCAAGACCUGAAAUAUCAAUUAUUCAAGAGGAAAAUUUUUGGACAUGUAGCUGCACAUGUUGAUGUGGUUGAAUUUCAAAAAAGAGGGUUACCACAUGUCCACAUGCUGAUAAUUUUCAAGUCUGGGCAUAAGUUGAAUACGACAAGUGAAAUAGAUAAGUUUGUAAGUGCCGAACUUCCUGAUGAAGAAAACAAUUCCGAAUUGUUUGAAUUGGUGAAAAAACAUAUGAUGCAUGGACCUUGCGGAGAGAAAAAUCUAAAUAAUCCUUGUAUGGUAAAAGGAAAAUGCAAAUGCCAUUAUCCACGACCAUAUUGUGAAAGCACACAACAAGGUAAAGAUGGAUAUCCAAUUUACAGAAGAAGAAAAAAUGGAUCAAUUGUACGUGUUCGGAAUGCAGACUUAGACAACCAAUGGGUUGUGCCAUAUAAUGCACAUCUAUUGUCCAGAUACAACUGCCAUAUUAAUGUCGAGGUAUGCUCUGGUAUCACAGCAGUUAAGUAUUUGUACAAAUAUAUCUAUAAGGGACAUGAUAGGGUGGCCGUUCAUAUAACCCAAGAUGAUGAGCCGCGUCAAGUUGAUGAAAUCAAACAAUUUCAAGAUGCACGAUGGGUAUCUGCACAAGAAGCAAUGUGGAGAAUUUGUGAAUUUGGUCUGAAUGAUAUUUCUCCAGCAGUUAUCAACUUACAGCUUCACCUUCCUAACAAACAGUUUGUAUCCUAUCACGCAUCCCAAAAUCUGCAGAACCUUUUAUUGUGGGAUCAUGUUUCAAAAACAAUGCUAACUGAAUAUUUUACUAUGUGUGCUACAAGUGAAAAGGCAAGGCAAUUUCUCUACAGAGAAUUUCCAGAGCAUUACGUAUGGAAUAAGAGGGACAAAAUUUGGACAGAAAGGCAUAAAAUUAGCGUUAUUGGACGUAUAAGUGCAGUUAGUCCGAUUGAAGGAGAAAGGUACUAUGAAAAAUUAUUGUUGAAUCAUGUUAGGGGACCAACCUCUUUCCGACAUUUAUUGACGGUUAAUGGUAUAGAAUGCUCAACAUUCAAAGAAGCGGCACAAAAAAGGGGUUUAUUAGAAGCUGAUCAAAGCAUUUUCGAUUGCAUGAAUGAGGCAAUAACAUUUCAAAUGCCAAAUGAACUACGCAGGUUGUUUGCAAUAAUCUUGGUACAUUGUGCACCGACAGAUGUAAGAGUUUUAUGGGAUACUUACUUUGAUGCAAUGUCUGAAGAUUUUAAAAGGGAUGCCAAUACUUCAAUCCGACAACGUGUUUCUAAGACAUUGCUGAGCUUAAGAGUUUUGUUAGAGAGCAUGGGAAAAGAUAUAAAUUCAUAUGAUCUUCCCACAAUUCCUUCUUAUGAUGCUAAUAUAGAAAAUAAUUGUUCCAGAGAGAUACAAGAUGAGAUGUCGAUACAAAUUCCUGACGAAGAUCAAGAUGCAGAGUUAAAGUUGAAUGAUGAUCAACGGAAAGCAUUUUCUAUGAUUUUGAGUUCCAUACAGAAAGCAGAAGGUGGGAUUUUUUUCAUAGAUGGACCAGGUGGAACUGGAAAGACUUUCUUAUAUCGUGCACUAUUAGCUCAUCUUAGAUUAAGAAAACACAUAGCUCUUGCAACUGCUACAUCUGGAGUUGCUGCAGGGAUCAUGCCAGGAGGAAGAACAGCACAUUCACGCUUUAAAAUUCCUAUAAAUUCUGAUGAAACAAGUGAAUGUUCAAUUUCAAAACAAAGUGCAGCUGCCGAGUUAUUGCGGAGAGCACAACUGAUUAUAUGGGAUGAAGCACCGAUGGCAAAAAAAUGGGCAAUUGAAAAUGUAGAUAAGUUGUUAAAAGAUGUCAUGGGGAAUGAUAAAGAUUUUGGUGGAAAAGUCAUCGUUUUUGGAGGAGAUUUCAGACAAGUAUUGCCGGUUGUUCCUAAAGCUACAGUCUACCAGACUAUAUUAGCAAGUUUGGUUAAUUCUUAUUUAUGGGGCAGAAUGAAAAAGAUCACUUUGUCCAUAAAUAUGAGAUCAAAGAAUGAUCCACAAUUCAGCAAAUUCUUACUAAGUGUUGGAAAUGGUGAAGAACCGAUGGAUGAUGAAGGUAAUAUCAAAAUUCCAGAUGAUAUGGUAAUUGAGUAUGACAAUGAAGAAAAUUCUUUGAAAAGACUUAUCGCAGCCAUUUUUCCGAGUUUAGCAAGGAAUGCAUAUUCGGCGGAGUACAUGACGAAUCGAGCAAUAUUAACGCCAAAAAAUGAGCAUGUGGAUAAGCUGAAUGAUAAGUUGAUAUCCGUGUUUCCUGGAGAAGAACAAAUUUUCAACAGUUUUGAUGAAGCUAUUGACCAGACAAACAUAAACUAUGACGUCGAUUUUUUGAACUCUUUGACUCCAAAUGGAUUACCUCCACAUAAGUUGGUCUUGAAGAAAAAUUGUCCAAUAAUUCUUUUAAGGAAUUUAGAUCCAUCAAAUGGUCUGUGUAAUGGCACGAGAAUGGUGUGCAGAGACUUUAAGGGCAACGUCAUAAACGCAGAGAUAAUGCUUGGCCAACAUAUGGGAAAGCAUGUCUUCAUUCCAAGAAUUCCUCUUUCGCCAGCUGAAAAUGAAGGAUAUCCUUUUCAGUUUAGACGAAAACAAUUUCCAAUCAGACUUUGUUUUGCAAUGACAAUAAACAAAGCUCAAGGACAAACUAUACCAAAUGUUGGUGUAUAUUUGCCUUCUCCGGACAACAAAAUCAUGAAGAAUCAGAAAGAUGCAAUUGAUGAUUCGCAUUGUGUUCAAGACACUCGGUACGCAACUGGAAUUUCAUCAUUUUAA